UAUCGCACCGCAGCAACAAAAACCGUGCUCACUGAGGAAGCCAGUCGCCUUCGUGUCAUCAUAGAAUUCCGAGAACCGUCACGUGUUCCUGUGGUCGCUCAUGUGACCCUUUGGUACGGACCAAUCGGUUGGCAGAGUUUCUACUGGGCAGAGCAAAAGGAAGAGGGGAAAGAAAUCAUUUUCCCUUUGCGAUUUUUAAUCUUGCAACGCUGAAAGUGGUCGUCAUCUACGGUAUCCUGCACUACAUAAAGGUGACCGGUUGGCCGACUCCACCAUCACACUCGCGUUGGCCCUUGCUCUCCUCUCUCACGUGACCACGCCCCUUCCUUCACAUCCAAUCCCGACAUGGAGCCCAUCAAGGUCCAAUCAGAAGGUGGACUGAAUGUGACCCUCACCAUUCGCCUGCUGAUGCACGGCAAGGAGGUCGGAAGCAUAAUAGGAAAGAAAGGAGAGACGGUGAAGAAAAUGCGUGAAGAUAGCGGUGCCCGUAUCAACAUCUCAGAGGGGAAUUGCCCUGAGCGGAUAGUCACCAUCACCGGGCCGACAGACGCAAUUUUCAAGGCAUUUGCCAUGAUCGCCUACAAGUUUGAGGAGGAUAUAAUCAACUCUAUGAGCAACAGUCCAGCCACCAGUAAACCCCCUGUAACCCUGAGGCUCGUCGUCCCAGCCAGCCAGUGCGGCUCGCUUAUCGGGAAAGGAGGCUCCAAAAUCAAAGAAAUGAGAGAGUCCACAGGAGCUCAGGUGCAGGUUGCAGGCGACAUGCUCCCCAACUCCACCGAGCGGGCGGUGACCAUCUCAGGGGCCCCUGAAGCCAUCAUCCAGUGUGUCAAACAGAUCUGUGUGGUGAUGCUGGAGUCCCCACCGAAAGGUGCCACCAUCCCCUACCGCCCCAAGCCUGCCUCCACCCCUGUCAUUUUUUCAGGUGGCCAGGUAAGAGCAGACCCACUGGGGGCGUCCACAGCCAACCUCAGCCUCUUACUGCAGCACCAGCCACUGCCUGCUUAUACCAUUCAAGGACAGUACGCCAUCCCUCAUCCAGAUCAGUUGAGCAAGCUCCACCAGUUGGCUAUGCAGCAAACCCCCUUUACCCCCCUUGGACAGACCACCCCUGCCUUCCCCGCAGCAGGUCUGGAUGCCAGUAACCAGGCCAGUACUCAUGAACUCACCAUUCCCAAUGAUCUAAUAGGCUGCAUAAUCGGACGCCAGGGAACCAAAAUCAACGAGAUCCGUCAGAUGUCUGGGGCGCAGAUCAAAAUUGCUAACGCCAUGGAAGGGUCAUCGGAGCGCCAGAUCACCAUCACAGGGACCCCCGCCAACAUCAGCCUGGCCCAGUACCUCAUCAAUGCAAGGUUCAGAGACGUGGCGGCCAUGUGGAACGACCCAUCUUCCAUGACCACAUCCUGAGAUCCCUGACUGGCUCCUCCGUUUGGCCCUUUCCAAUGACUGACUACCGCAGACAACCCUGAUGAAGCCCUUCGGACUCUGGCUCUGGCUCUCCGAAAAAUACUGACGGCCUUCCCGCCCUGGUUUCAAAGCUCUCUAAGCGGCAGGGAGGGUUGGGCGCUCGUUUUGAUUUCAGAGAGCCAAAUUGAUUAAUUUGAAGAAAAAAAAAGAAUAACAAAAAAUAAACUUUCUCUGUUGAUUAGGUUUUUUAGAGAACUGUUAAAGCAUGUUGAAUGUUUAUUAGGAAAAACUUGUGUUAAUCUUUCUUCUUCUUUUUCUCUCUCUCUAUCUCUCUCUCUCUCUCUAUCAGUGCUGCGUCAUAGAACAUCAUUUAAAAGUAUACUAAAGUACUUGUGAAAGAUUGAA